UGAGUAGCACGUGUGUUGUGUGUUGAGGGAAUUCAGGAGGAUCUUCAAUUGUUUUGCAAAUGUUUUGCAAAUAUUCUGUAUGAUCAACUCGUAUGAUCAACUGGUAUGACCGCUGCAGCAGGAUUCCGUUGCAGCAAACAGUGGAGAGAGGACGAAAUUUUGAAAGAUAUUACUAUGAUUUGAUAAAAGUAAUUUAGCAGGACAGCAGAAGAAUUAUGGACAUGGACAAGACAGGCUUGAAAGAAUGUUUUGAUGGAAAAAUGUAACUUAAAGGCAAACAAGAUGGUGAACUUGAUAUGGAGUCAAUUUUUCAAAGUUUCUUUGCAGACUUCCCUUCCUCAGGCGAAGAAAUCAAAAGGCAGACAACUCGGGAGCAAAAAGUUGUGGCUACUUUAGACCUUCUUUUAAAAAGUGUUAAAACCUACCCAGAUUGCUUUCUUACUGGUCAUAACCCUUUCUGUCCUGAUGAAUAUUAUUUUUCAUUUUGGACGGUCUAUCGCCUGGUUGUGUUUCUUGCUGCAUCUUCGUACUCAACAUUACUUUACCAGAAAUUUUCUGAAGCAGUGUAUUCCUUGGCAAUUCUACUCAAAUACAAACAUCAUAAACUAUACAUAUCCAUCAUUGGUACUCUUGUGAAAUUAAUUGAAGAUGUCCACUCAACGGUUGUUAAAUUGUUUGUUCAAGAGGACAGCAUUACUUUUCCAAUAGAUUUUAAGCAUUUCAAGAUUGCAAACCCUGGUUCUAUCUCUGAUGAUUCAUGUUUACAUCUGAGAAACAUAGCAGAUGCUUGGAUAUUACUUGAAAAUUUAAGUGAAGUUAUGUUCUUAUUUCUGUCUGACACUUGUCAAUCUCUUGGUUCUCAUGGAAAAUCAUUAUGGAAAGUGUUUAGUUCCCAAGCUCUUUGGACAGACUCUGGUGUCCAAGAGGUUUCUUUCCGCUGUAUGGACAGUCUUAACAAGACAGGUAGACUACAGUUUGAAGCAAUCUCUGAUGACCUGUUCACUGUCAUCAUUUCAAGUCUGCAAGCUAUUUCUUCAGAAGCUAAUCAACCUGGGUCAGAAAAAAGACGCAAACUACAAAAAUCAUUGGCUUGUUUAAUUACAACCGUGAUCAAGCCAAGUUGCCGUCCAAAACGUAUACCUCUUGUUUAUAUAAAUCCUCUGAUGACAUCAGUUUGUGCAGUUACUGCUGUGUUUAGCGCUGUUCUGUGUCAAGAAUUGAAGAUUGCAAUAUCUGAGAUGAUCUCUAUCGUCUGUCUUGAAGAGAGGUUGGCCGACCCAGUACUUCAUAAAACACUUAGAACCAGUACUAAAAACUUGAUUGACUGGUUUGUUAACUCUCGCCAUUUCCAGUUCUUGGCGAAGUGUUUAUCAGAGUUGGUUCUUUACGAUCUUCGUCAGGGAAAACAGGCUGAGAACUGUCCAUCCAAAAGACCGCGAGAACUUGAGGAGAUCAUGGAUGUUGACUUGCCAGAGGACGAGAAUUGUGUUUCAACUUUGCAAAAUAUUUGCACAAACUACAAACUGCAGGAUACAGCAAUGCAUCAUCUUUGCACAGCGGUUAACCAUCUGCUUGAAAUUCUCACCGACCAAAAAAUGUCGCAGAGAUUUUCAUCGGCGUUGGAAGGUUUGACAUUGGUUUUCAGGUCUCUUCUGCUUCUCAUUGAUAAAUCUUCUGUUCUGGAUGAGAGUAUUUUAACAAUUGUCAAAGACGUGACUACUGCUGUUAUUUUGAAGCUGAGGUCAGCAAUGCUCACCGUUCUUAAAAAAUUAUCGGUUGUGAUGAUGAAAUCAUCUGAAACUAGUGUUGAUAGUGUGAAGUCUGUUAUGGAAAUAUCUUUGAACAUGAUAAAAUUGCUUCUGUACUGUCACAAACACAUAGCUAUAAAACUGGACCACCUUGGUCUUUGCGUGUGCAUUGCAACCAUGCCUUGGAUUUCGAAAGUCAGCUCGGAAUAUACAAAUAUCGUACCUUGUGUUGAUGAAUGGAGUUUUGCAAGACUGAAGCAGUUAUCUCGCGUAAUCGCAAAAGAAAUGGACUGUGAAGUCUGUUUUGAAGUUUUAACGAUGUUUCCUCCGGAGAUUUUCCGCAAUUGGAAACUUCAUGUAUUUAAAGAAACAUUGAGCUCCAAUGACUUCCUGGAUACUCGCAGUACUGUGAUCAAGUUGCUUCCAGUGUGGUUAGCUGUGCAUUUAGAAGGCGAAGAACGAAACGAAAUAUUGGCCUUGGUUUUAAAACAGUCUCCCUCAGAGUUACAUGUUUCUUUGUGCCAAAGUUUUCGCCACCUGGGCUGUGCACUAUUUCGUUGUUUAACGACUUCAGUUAGUAUCACAGAAUUUCCACCAAAGUUUCAAGAAUUUACUUGUUCGUUGAGCAAUGGUAGAGAGGAUUCCACAAGUGUUACUGUUUGUCCUUCCGAUCUUGAGGUUUUCUUCCGUCAAAUUUUGGACCUGGUUUCUCUCGAAACACCUGCAAAAACUAAGUUAUUGUUCAUUGAUGGAUUCAAACAUCUUCAGAAACAUGCUGUAAUUUCCCGCGAUUAUUGUUCUCGACUAUUGUAUGUUUGCAUUGAUCUUGUUGAGGACGCCGACUAUAACGUUCGCUUGAAGUUCAGUAAAUUGCUACCGUUUCUCACAAAACAAGAUACGGAGAGCACAAAGAUGGUAGUUACCAAGUUGAAAGAUGUUUAUACUAAAGCGUCUGCCAUGAAGAAUUUCAGGUUACAAGACACAAUCGUUCAUACAAUUGGUGAACUCGGGAAGGAGGCUGAAGAUGACUUGCUACUCGUUGUGGUUAUUAGUUUGCUUGAAACAUUGUUGAGUGAAACCAGAAUAAUUUCAUCAUUGGCAUUUAACCAGAUUCGCGCUGUUGCCAAACACAAGAAAAAGUCACUACAAGAAAUAUUUGGUGACUUAAAACUUCAUAUUUGCAAGUUCAUGGUGGACGUUGUCUUAAAGCAACAAGUUCGAGAAGAUGUUGAUUACUGUAUGCGACCAUUCACAACCGUUAGUAGUGUUUUUGAUUUCAAGAGUAUCAAGGCUCUAAUGCAGAACGCUCAAAGCAUUGUUGUUCCACAACUAGUACAAAAAGCUCUUCCUGAAUCAUCUCAAAUUCUACGUCAUUUGGCAGCUCAUCUCAAAGUAAACUACAGAAAGGACUUGCUUUUGAUGAAUUUUAAUUUUAUCUUUUCGUAUCUUGUCCGCACGUGCUCUGGGGAUGAACUUAAAGAAGCACUGGCUUUUGUCGAGCACGAGACAAAUGUAGAUCUUGGAAGUUUAUUGAAGUCUGACUCUCAAAGUGUUGUCAACCAACUUCUUUUACAUUUAAAAUCAUCCUACAACAAAGUUUUUACUGGACUUUCGAUCCUGGCAAACAAAGCCAACACUGCUGUUACUGACAUUCCCAACUCUGAAGAAAUGGCUGAAUUCCUACAGCCUCGUCUUCUUGGCAUUUUGGCGUUUUUUAAUACCGUACUACUGGACGACAAAAAUAUCGAGGAAAAACAUCUCGCCCUGGCUUCGUUGGUGAAACUUAUGGAGUUGAUGGGAGCGAAACAUAUCACCGUCGUUCGUGUUAAAGUUAUGGCUAUUCUCAAACUUGCGCUGAAAUUUAAAUCACGAGACUUGGGAGACCUGUGUUGCGAGGCCUGGGAAUGCUUCGUACGAUGUUUAGAUGUGACGUCACUUCAGUCAAUGCUUGGUCAUAUUGUUGUUACUAUCAUACCCCUCAUUGAUCAUUCUGUCGAUAAGGUUGCAAGUAUUUUCCGUUAUUUAAUCGUGGAAAGAAAAGAAGAUUUGAAAGAUAACUUUAAAGAUAUUUAUUUUAUCCCGGAAUAUCCGCAAUUUGAUGAUAUUAAAGUUGUUUAUGAACUGGUGCUACAAAGCAAGUCAAAUACCGAGCUAAGAGAUGAGAUGAAUGAGGUGAUAAAAUGUGUUUCACACGAGAGUGCUGUUGUUGGAUUCCAUGCUGUGUCCAAAUUAAAAACUAUUUUACAUGAUAAUCAGGGCACACUUCAUGAAUAUAUUACGAGGAAGGACGAGGUGGAUCCUGUAGUUUGUAAAGUUAUAGACACGUUGAUUGGCAGAUGUGGUGAGCCAAGUACUCAAGCAAAAGUAGGAGAAUGUCUUGGAGAACUUGGAGCAGUAGAUCCUGGAUGGCUUGGGAAACCAGAACAGACAAGCGAAGAGCCAGCUGUUUACGAGAUGAUGUGUGAUUCUCAAUCAUUUGCAGUUGAUCUUCUCAAUGAACUUGCCAGAGCGUUCGUAGCUGCUGCUGACACCCGUUCGCAGGACUGUUCUGCGUAUGCUAUCCAAGAGGUACUACAAGUAUACGAAUGUUCAAAUAAAAUUCGUACAAGUCCAGGGUAUAAAAUUUGGCGUGAGUUUCCAGAUCAUGUACAAGAGAUCUUGAAGCCACAUCUUAUGUCAAAAUAUCGUCUUUCUUCACAGUCUAAUCGUGGUAAACCUAACAGGCCAAUUUAUGGCAGUAAUAAUGGUCAGAGUUUCAAUGAUUGGAUAAGUGUCUGGGUGUUAGAAUUGGUCUCAAAGGUCAAAAAUGACAAAGCUUUGCGGUUGUUUAAAGCUUGUUCUGCUGUCUUUAAGCACAAUAAAGACACAGCAAUUUUUCUUUUGCCUCACAUUAUGUUAUAUGUUGCUAUUGAUGGCACUGCUGAGGAUUAUAAAGAAGUUUACGAUGAAAUUCUGGUAGUUCUGAAACACGUUCAAGAACAAAACCCAAAUUUUGAUACAGCGAGUACCUCUGUAGAUUUCAGUCAUAUGAGCGCCCAAACGAUAUUUUCCGUCCUUGAUUGUCUAACUCGCUGGGCAAGGCUAAAAGCGGACAGCAAUUCAAAGACACAGACCAUAAUAAAUACACGUCAAGAAAAGGCGGGAACUUCUGGUUGUGAUGAUUUGACCAAGGUGGUGAUGUUUCUUGAUGGUAUUCCGCAGGAAACUUUGGCGACUGCUUCAUUUCAUUGCAAAGCAUACACAAGAUCUCUGAUGCAUUUCGAACAAUUUAUUGAAAAGAGUAAACAGGAUUUACAACUUCAUCUCAACUCAAUUCAACGUCUGUACUGGGCGUUGAACGAACCAGAUGGAGUGGUGGGUGUUGCUGCUGUGAGAGAAUGUCCUGCUUCUUUGAAAGAGGAAAUUCUUGAACAUACAAGCGUAGGGAAAUUACGAGAAGCUGUUGCGUGUUAUGAAAGAGCGAUACAGUUAGAACCAGAUACGAUUGAAAACCACAAGGGUCUAAUGAGCUGUUGGAUCACGCUUGGUCAGGUGUCGACGGCUUUGGAACAUGCUAAUGGAGUGCUCAUGAGAAGACCUGCAUGGACUGGUUCUCUUAACUCUUUUCGAGUUGAAGCUUGCUGGCGUUUGGGUCAGUGGGAUGAACUGGAGUCAUACGUGAAACUGGAGCAUCAUUGCACAGAUUGGAGUACUGGGGUUGGAAAGAUUUUGCUUGCUGCAAGAAAAAAGAAUAAGGACGAAUUUUCAAAGUGCAUUUAUGACUUGAGACUUGCUCAAAUGGAACCUCUCUCUGCCGCAAAAAUGGAGUCGGGCUCUUAUCAAAGAGGAUACGAUUUCAUAAUUCGUUUGCAUAUUUUACACGAGCUUGAAGAUUGUCUCUGUCAUAUAUUUGAUCGUGAGGGGGGUUUUGACUUGGGUAACAGCAAUCUUGACGUGAUGUUGACAAAUUUACAGAAAAGAUUGACCAUUACUCGAGCAUCGUUUCAAGCGAGAGAGCCAAUACUCUCUAUAAGAAGAGUGAUGUUUAAACUUUUAUUAAAGGGCGAAGGAACAAGCCACAGUGAAGAUAAUUGCUUACUGCAAACUGCGAAAGUUGCACGAAAAGCUGGUCAUUUUCAAACAGCAUACAGUUAUUUACUAAACAUCACUUCCUUGUGUAACACCACAGAGUGCUGUCUGGAGCAAUCGAAAUUAUUGUGGGCUCAAGGAAAUUGUCGUCAAGCACUUUUGAAACUGGAGAAAUGGAUUUCUGAAUCAUCCAAAACAGUGAGUCAAGACAAUAGUUUGACUAAAGCGAAGACGUUGUUGUUUGUCGCGCGUUGGAUGGAAGAGACUGCAAGCUACGGUCCACAAUCCUGCCUAGCCCAGUACAAGGAAGUUGUGUCGCUCAAUAGUCAGUGGGAGAACGGUCAUUUUUACUUGGCAAAAUAUUACGAGAAAAUUAUGAACUCAGUCGACGAUUCCAAGAAAUCUGGAAGAUUAGAUUUUUUACCAUUUGUGAUGAAACACUAUGGCGAAUCGCUCAAAUAUGGAGAUAAAUUUAUUUAUCAGUCAAUUCCUAAGAUUCUUCAGUUUUGGCUGGACUUUGCAGCAAAUCUCACGGAGCAUGGAAAACAAACAAAAUCUGAAAAAUCUACGUUGAAUCAACGAUUAGGAGAAAUGAACAACAUAAUCAGUGAGCUUACAGAUCGUUUGCCAACAUAUCAGUUUUUCACUGCUUUCUCUCAACUCAUUUCGAGAAUGUGCCAUCGUAACGAAGAGGUCUGGAAUAGACUCAAGGCCUUGAUAUCUAAAUUAUUGGUGACGUAUCCCCAGCAGGCAAUAUGGUUAAUGAUGGCGGUUUCAAAGUCCUCUCUUCCACUUCGUAAAAACCGAUGUCAACAGAUAUUUCAAGUUGCUAAGCGAGCUGAUAAACACCUGACCAGUUUUAUUGAGGAUGCCUGCAAGUUGGCUCAAUUAUUGAUCGAAGUUUCUGAGAAAAAUCGUGGAAAAGAGAAUGUCCUAAGCAUGAGCCACGACUUUGGAAUGUUGAAGAGAUUUGUUAGUGAUGAUAAGUUUAGUCCAAUCAUAAUUCCACUCCAGUCCUCACUGACAGUCACAUUACCCACAAGUCAUGGGAUUGACAAAGAUUAUUACCCAUUUCCUGAUUCUCAACCGACGUUUCUUGGGUUUGAAGAUAAGGUUGACGUUCUGCAAUCUUUGGCACGUCCUAAGAAAGUCACGGUGAAAGCAAGCGAUGGGCUGUAUUAUAAUCUUCUUUGUAAACCCAAGGACGACCUUCGUAAAGACAGUCGGACGAUGGAAUUCAACAGUCUCAUUAAUAAGUGUUUAAGAAAAGAUCCGGAGUGUCGCAGACGUCAACUUCACAUAAGAACAUAUGCGGUUGUACCUCUGAAUGAAGAGUGUGGUUUGUUAGAAUGGGUUCCUAAUACAUCGGGACUUCGAAACAUUCUGAUAAAACUGUACAAGGAGAAGGGAUUGUACGUGAAAUCCUCAGAAAUAAAAAGACUUUAUGAGUCCAUGACAUCCGCAGGAAAGGAAGAGAGAAAAAAAAUAUUUCAAAUGAAAGUUUUGAAAAGAUAUCCUCCGAUAUUUCACGAGUGGUACCUGAAGACCUUCCCUACGCCAACUUCAUGGUAUAACAGUCGUCUCGGAUAUUGUCGUACAGCUGCCGUAAUGUCGAUGGUUGGAUAUAUCCUGGGCCUUGGUGAUAGACACGGAGAAAAUGUCUUGUUUGAUUCAACCAAUGGAGAUUGUUUUCAUGUUGAUUUUAAUUGCUUGUUCAAUAAGGGUGAAACCUUUGAGUGUCCGGAGUGUGUACCAUUUCGUCUCACCCAUAACAUGAUCCAAGCCAUGGGCCCACUGGGUUAUGAAGGAAUUUUCCGUCGUUCAUGUGAAGUCACAUUAAAACUAAUGAGAAACCAGAACGAUUCGCUCUUAAGUGUGCUGAAAACAUUUGUUUAUGAUCCUCUGGUUGAGUGGGGUGAAAAACGACAUCGUGAUACCGCCACUGCUGCAGCUAAAGAAGAGGGACUGAAGAUUGUGAAACAGAUUGAACAAAGACUACGAGGUUACAGCAUAAAAAACAAGAUUCUUAUUCCUUUAUCAAUUGAAGGAGAGGUCCAUCAGCUUAUCUCGGAGGCAACAGACGUUGAUAAUUUAUCUAAGAUGUACAUAGGUUGGGCUGCAUAUCUCUGAAUGAUUAAAGAUGAAUGGUUUGGUUUUGGUAGCGGAUCUGGGAUAUUGAUACCCAUGGAAACACGAAUUUCAAAUACACACAAAAACAUUGGUCAAUUGCGUUUAUACAAAAGACUAUUUAUUGGGGCCGUUAUAAUUGUGUCUCUACUGAUUAUGGGGCUCAGAUAUUCAUAUUGCUUUAAUAUAUUUAUUGUUCAUUUGUUUGUCAUAGGAACGAAUAUGUUUCAGUUACAGUAAAGUCU